UUUCGUGACGGUAAAUUUAUUUACCCACAAAUUGAAGCUGCUUGCACUGAGCUGGAGCUAGCCAAGAAAUUUGGCGUGAAAUUUGAGACCGCAACAGAACCUCGGCAACCAACUCCAAUCAAAAUGGGUGAUAAUUUCGGUAUUCAUCGUGGUGCACCCAAGAAGACGGCUGAUAUGGUGGAAGAUCGCACACAGGGACAGAUUUUGAGCGAUUUUAUGAUGCAGCUGGAAGACUAUACGCCGACGAUACCCGAUGCAGUAACGUCUUAUUAUCUGAAUUCGGCCGGUUUCGAGGGAGCGGAUCCGCGAAUUGUUCGCCUGAUUUCGAUUGCGGCCCAAAAGUUUGUGUCGGAUGUCGCGAACGAUGCGCUGCAGCACUGCAAGACGCGCACAAACAGUGCCCCAAGCUCCGGACAUGGAUCGUCGAAGAACCAGAACCAGAAAUCGUCCAAGGACCGGAAGUACACGCUCACGAUGGAAGAUUUGCAACCGGCACUGAACGAUUACGGUAUUACCGUACGUAAGGCGCACUAUUUUGUCUAGAAAGGAGGAAAAGGUCCAUUAUGGCCAAGUGGAAGAACUACACACGUAUUGGUCAUCGUCGUCCUUCAGAAGGAUGGAGAGAUGUAUUUUUGUUUGUUUGACAGUUCUAUUUAACUAAACAAGCGCCGUACCAAGAAAGACAAAACCAAGUUCCGCGCACUUUUCAGAUUUAUGAAAAUAAACUUACAAUUAUAAAAGAACGGAA